AUGGUCAUUCUCAAACAAUAAAAUCUGAAGAUACUAAAAAAACUUUAAUUAAAAUUGAUACAAAUUCUGAACCAUCUAAACCUGAUGUUCUCGUCAAACCAUCAGGAUUCACAUGCAAAAAGAUUGUAUUUGAUGAACCAACGUCAUCACCAACUAGUCAAAAUCAACCAGAUUUAACUGCUGAAAUUGAAAGACGAAAGAAACGUGCUGAACGUUUUGGAACUCAAUUAUCAGAAGCAGAUAAAAAACUUCAAAGAGCUGCAAGAUUUGGCGUUGAAAUUACUA